AAUGGUAGUGUAGUAUGAUACAAAAUUCCACCGUUCCCCACUUUCACGUGAGUGCUAAGCUACUACAAAAGCCAGCUGCUACGCACUAACACCACUCUCCCUUUACACUCUUCAUUCAUACAUACCUCACUCUUCUCUUUAAUCUAUCUAUCUAUCUAUCUACACCCCCCUUUUUUUUUAGUUUCCAAAACAUGUCACCUCCAAAUGUUGAAAGACAAACACACACUGAAUCACAAAGACUACUACUAGUAGUGCUACCUUUCAUUCGCAUAUUACCCUCCUAACACACACAAACACUAAACGAUGUGUCGUUCAAUAACACCCUUCCUUCUCUUCUUUUACUUCUUAACCUUCACAUUAGCUUCCUCCACAAAUACCACACUACCACCAGACGCCGUAUCCCUAUUGUCGUUCAAGCAAAACGCAGACUUAAACGACAACCUCCUCUACACACUAAACGAACGCUACGACUACUGCGAAUGGCAAGGAGUAAAAUGCGCACAAGGAAGAGUCGUACGCUAUGUCGUUCAAGGCUUAGGCCUCAACGGUUUUUUCCCUCCAAACACACUAACUCGGCUCGACCAACUCCGAGUCAUGAGUCUCCGUAAUAACUCGCUAUUCGGACCCAUUCCGGAUCUCUCCCCACUCGUUAACCUCAAAUCCCUUUUCCUCGAUCGUAACAACUUCUCUGGUUCGUUCCCUCCUUCUAUUCUCUUUCUCCAUCGACUCAUUACACUAUCCCUCUCACAUAACAACCUAACCGGUUCACUUCCGGUUCAGUUAACUCUCCUCGACCGUCUCAUUUCGCUUCGACUCGACUCAAAUUUCUUCACCGGUUCUCUUCCCCCUCUCAACCAAACCGCUCUGAAAGUAUUUAACGUCUCCGCUAAUAACCUCACCGGUCCGAUUCCUGUUACCCAAACUCUAGCACGGUUCAAACCGACGUCGUUUUCAGAAAAUCCGGGUCUCUGCGGUGAGAUUGUACACAAACAAUGCGGUCCUCGUUCUAGAUUCUUCGGUUCAUCAAACGCCACCGUUUCUUCCUCAGCACCGUUGAGUCAGAGCGAGCAAUCACAAGGCAUCGUGGUGGUUCCUUCGAAGAAUUCAAAGAAGAGUCACAAGAGAACUGGUUUGAUUAUCGUGUUCACCGUUACUGUUUCGAUUCUCGCUUUUUUCACAGUUAUUGUAAUUGUGUUGGUUAGAAAACAGAGCACCGGAGGGAAAUCCGAAUCUUCGGAAACUCCACCUCCGGCGGCGGUAAUGGAAGUGAGAACUGAAAUGGAAACAGAUGCGAAGGUGAAGAAGAUGGAGGAAGCGCAUAGGAGUGGGAAAUUAGUGUUCUGCUGCGGGGAGUUGCAGGAGUAUACGCUGGAGCAGCUGAUGAGGGCUUCGGCGGAGCUAUUGGGAAGAGGGAGUGUUGGGACCACUUAUAAGGCGGUGAUGGAUUCGCAGUUGAUAUUGACUGUGAAGAGGUUGGACGGUGGAAAAACUGGUGUGACAAGUGGGGAAAUUUUUCAGAAGAAUAUGGAGACUGUGGGUAGGCUUCGUCAUCCUAAUUUGGUUCCUUUGAAGGCUUUUUUUCAGGGUAAAGGAGAAAGACUUGUUAUUUAUGAUUAUCAACCUAAUGGAAGCCUCUUCAACCUUGUUCAUGGUUCACGAUCGGCGCGAGCAAAGCCUCUGCAUUGGACAUCAUGCUUAAAAAUAGCAGAAGAUGUAGCUCAUGGACUUGCUUAUAUACAUCAAGUUUCGUCUUUGAUUCAUGGCAAUCUAAAAUCCUCUAAUGUCCUUCUUGGAGGAGACUUUGAAGCUUGUGUUACGGACUAUUGUUUGACCUUCCUCAUAGAUUCUUCAUUCACCGAAGAUCCUGAUUCUGCAGCCUAUAAAGCACCAGAGGUUCGAAAAUCCAUCCACAGGGCAAAUUCAAAGUCUGAUGUGUAUGCUUUUGGUGUGUUGCUAUUGGAGCUUUUGACAGGUAAACAUCCUUCCAAGCAUCCUUUCCUCGCACCAACGGAUUUGCAAGAUUGGGUUAGAGCAAUGAGGGAUGAUGAUGUUAGUGAAGAUAACCGGCUAGAAAUGCUCACUGAGGUUGCCAGUAUUUGCAGUGCAACCUCGCCGGAGCAGAGGCCAGCUAUGUGGCAAGUCCUUAAGAUGAUACAAGAAAUAAAGGAUAGUGUUUCGAUGGACGAUGGUGCACUCACUGGAUUCUCAUAGUUAGUGUGCAAAUCUGAGUAAAUUUUAUGCAGAGAAAACAAUCACAAGAAGUAAUGUCAACUCCUCUUGUUGAAGAUGAAAGAAAAUCGCUCUUGGAGGAACUUCGGGAGUGACUUUGCAUGCCAAGUUUAACAUUCAUUUUUCGAGGGAUCUCAGUAAAACAUGGGAACCAUAGGAUAUUAUGGUUUUAAUGUAUGCUGUGGCUUGUUAGUGGGGUGUUAUACUAGUUCUAACACGAGGAAAUAAAAUUCAUAUAAAUAUAUUUCAGCUUAUUUCGAAAUUUCUUCUGUUUAUAUCUCACAAGCAACGAAUGUUUGUAUUAAAUUGAAUCGUGAUGGUAAAGAACAUGAUAGACAUAAAUGGAUACCACAGCAAGAUCAUAUCAGUUCUAGUAA